AAUGUUGUUCAGCUUGCUCGUGCUUGUCCCCGCCACGGCAACGAACGCGACGAGUGACACGGAAGGAACGACCGAAAUCGACGCAGAAGAGGAGGCCCGCACUUUCAACGCAACAAUGGAGCAGUGCAAGGGAUUGGAUCCGCCCAUAAAUAACAAACUCUACGUGCCGAAAAUCAGCUUGGAGAUAUCCUCGAAGAACCUGACGGACGAUUACCGGAAUGUCACCGUCAGCGUCGAGCUGAGGAAAGUCUUGCAGAAGAACCCGCUGCUGCAUUUCUACAUAACGGAUGAAGAAAUGUACAGUUACCAGUGCGGAAAUAAGAACUCGUGCACCUACAAGUUGUGCAAACCACAGACGUCGCAGGAGCGCACUCUGACAAAACAGUGGCAGGGAAAGUGCCCUUUAAAACCUGGUAAAUACAAAUACGAGUUUGUCUUCAAGCUUCGCGGCCGGAUUUUACGUCAAAAGAAAAGGACAAGCAUUCUUGCCAUUCAAGCGCAGCUUCACGAAGGUUAUGAAUGCCUGGCGUGCUACCUGAUCAAGAUCAAGGUCAAGCGAGAUUGA